AUGGAAGCAAAGGACAUAGUGGAAGGAAGAAACCACAUUACUUUGACAGUGAAUAUACUUUGGCAAAUAUGGAAAUCAAGGAACCAAGUGCAGUUUGAUGAUAGGAGUAACUGCCCUGGGAGAACAGCUAGUAAAGCUGUGCAGGAGUGGGCUGAGUAUACAGAUGUUAGGAAGGGGGUGGCUAAUGCUGAGGAAAGGAAGAAGGAACAGGUAGCUGGGGUAAGUAGUUGGCUUCCACCCCCUCAGGGCUGUAUUAAACUAAACACUGAUGCAGCCUUGGUGUUAAAAGAUAGAAGAAUUGGGUGGGGAGUAGUGGCCAGAAAGGAGGAUGGAGAGGUUGUAGGGGCUUGGGCAGCUGGUGAAAGCAGGAACGGAAUCCCAGUAGUGGAGGAGGCCUUAGCUAUUAGAAAAGCUGUGAUCAAGGCUAGAUUGUGUGGCUGGAACAAAGUUGAAAUACAAUCUGAUUGUAAACUGAUGGUGGACAAGCUUAGGGAGAGAAAUGUGGAUGAUCCAGUCACGGGACCAUAUUAA